GUUAUUUGAGUAGCAUCUGGCAUUUCUAUUGUUUUCCUUUUUACUUCUUACUCCCUCUCUAUCUACUCCCUCUUUUAUUUUAAGAAAUACAAGAUUGACGAUCGGCGGGAAUACGACGGCUUAGAAUAUACCGGGUUUUGGAGAUUAAUGUUUCGGUAACCAGACAAGUUAGAUUGUUGACAGAUGGCGACUUGUGUUCUUGCAAAUCCCUGCAAACCUUGUCUUCAUGUCUCAAGUAUAUCCCAAUCACACCAACAACCUCGAAUGGCCCGUGUCUUACCAGUUGGUGUUAAUGGUUUCCCUAAGAUGUGUGUGAAACUUGCUUCAGCUUACCCCCAAUAUGGACUUGUAUUGAAACGCCAACAACAUGAAAGUGCAACAAAGUACCAGCAAGGCACACUUGUUUGCUUGCUUGGUGGCAAAGAUAAGUCUGAAAGAGACAAUGGGGGUUCUCCUUGGAAUCCUUUUGCGAAGGUCAUGGAAAGUUUUAAGGGACGGUCAGUAGAAGAUGUGUUACUGCAGCAGAUUGAAAAACAAGAAUUUUAUGAUGGAGGAAGUGGGAAAAAUCCACCUCGUGGUGGCGGCAGCGGUGGGGAUGGCUUUGGAGAUUCUGAGGAUGAAGGCCUUGCAGGAAUCAUGGAUGAAACUCUGCAAGUAGUCUUAGCUACUGUCGGCUUUAUUUUUCUGUAUGUUUACAUCAUUAGUGGGGAGGAGUUGACUCGUCUAGCGAAAGAUUACAUCAAGUUUGUUUUAGGAGGAAGCAAGAGUGUUCGUUUAAAAAGAGUAAUGAACAAGUGGAAAAGGUUCUACCAGAGACUGACUGAAAAGAAGGAGGUUGACAAGUUAUGGUUGGAAAGGGCGAUUAUCAAUACCCCAACAAUGUAUGACAGCCCCACAAAAUACAGGGAAAUUUUCAGGUCUAUGUCAGAAUCAAAUGAAGACGAGUAAUUUCAAUCCUGCUAUUUCAGCUAGAUGGCAUGUGCCAUAUGGUAGAAGCAAAAUUUAUAAGCCUCAAGGCUUUUGAUGUCAGAUAUUUUACUUGUGGCAGAACAGUUUUGUAUAUUACUAACCUUAGCCGGCGCAACGUUCUUUUAAUUUUUAAAUUAUUAUUGUAUAAAAUUGUAUGAUAUCACUUUAUUAUUUGAUUGCAUUUUAAAAUAUUUAGGCA